UCUGUCACAAAGCCGCAAGAACUCAUGCUUUUCUCCUAAAAAUACUUUAAAAAUGUUAGACGAAAAGCAAGUUGUGAGUGGAUUGAUCAUCCUUUUGUCCUUUUUCGUGGGCUACAAAUACGGCAUCAAAGUAUCCGACUCAAAAAAGGAUUCCAAAGACGACAAAUCUGACAAAAACAAUGGAUUUGUAUUUUCGGACUUUUUACGAGGCGACUACAAAAUGGUGCUCGUCGUACGAAACGACCUCAAAAUGGGCAAAGGUAAAAUCGCCGCGCAAUGCGGACAUGCCUCGGUUGGCGCUUACGAAACGGGCUUGAAACGCUUUCCGCAACUCGUACAUCGCUGGAAUUCGAGCGGAAGCGCAAAAAUUGCCGUAAAAGUCGAGAGCGAAGAAGAACUCAACGCAAUUCAUCGCAAAGCAAAAUCUCUGGGACUUAAUUCGUGCGUAAUUCGGGAUGCGGGUCGCACGCAAAUUGAGCCAAAUACCAAAACGGUGCUCGCUGUUGGACCAGGACCGGUUAAAACCAUAGAUGAAGUGACGGGACACCUGAAGCUUUUGUGAAAUUACGUUUUAUACACAUUGAAAUCUUAAAAUACAAAACUUAACAAUUAA